UGAUGGCUACCGCGUUACCUUUUAUCCAUCCUGUGUGCUGGGGAUCAAUUGUGUAUCAUGCAAUGUAGUGAAAAUUACAAAAAAUCAACCCCCAGGAGCCGCUCCUAGGGAAAAAUUACAUGAUCGAUGCUCUGGAGUCAUAUGAUUAAAAGAACACUAGCAUACACGUGUGUGAAAAAUUUGCGCCUGCUAUUUGCGACACAUAGCGGCCACUGUGCUGUACGAUCAGUUGCAGGGAGCACGAGUCGUCUCGUGACACCACGAGCGCUUAUUAUUCUCCAGCGCCGUACGCGAUUAUGCUAUAUCGACACGUAAUCGCGCGCAAACAGUAUGUACACAUUUCUGCAUACAAUAUUGGUAUUCGCGCACUUUUUACAUAGCUUGUAUAUCGUGAUUUGCUACGCCUGCACUGCGGUGCAUCGCAAGUGUACGGAUCUCUGGUGCACCACCACCACGAGCACGACGACGGAGCUCGACGCGCUCGUUCGUACGCUCGCGAAAACCAAGAAGAUACCGCGACACGUGGUGAUCGUGCUUGGACUAUGCGACGAGUCGGUUCUGGACUGUGUGCGUAUAAUUGGAUGGUGCAUUACACUUGAUAUACCUUACAUCAGCUUCUUUGACCGUAAUGGUUUUUUGAAGAGAAAUGAAACUAACCUUAAAGAAGAAUUUGAGAAAAAGCGGCCUGAUCUAGUAGAAAAUAUUAUUUGGAAUUCAUAUACAAAGGCACCUAGUCAAAAUGGAAUAACUGACAACAGAUCAAGAAUAAAUGUAUCGUUACUAUCUGAUGUAGAUAAUAAAGGGAAAAUAGUAACGUUAACGCAGUCAUUGGCAAAGGCUGUAUCUUCCGGCAAUCUUAAUCCGGAAAAAAUCACAGACCAACUAAUCACUGAAAAGUUGCAUAUAAAUGGGAUGCCUGAUCCCGAUCUCGCUUUAAUAUAUGGUUACACUUGUUCCACGCAUGGUCUUCUACCGUGGCACACAAGAACGACAGAAUUUUUAAUGCUGCCGCUGUACGUUAGUAUUUCAGUGAAAGAUUUCGCAUAUCUAUUAGAGAGAUAUAGUAAAUGUGUACAACGGUAUGGAAAAUAACGUGUAAUUGUCCUUAUUUAUACAAAAAAAAUAUUGCAUUUCAAUAAGAAAUAAAUUGCCAUAAAGACUGA